AUGCUAUUAACCCUAAGCUUUUUCGCUGUUUCAACCUACAUCAUUGACGCAGCUCGACUACCAGAUCCACCAGUAUUCACUGCUGCACAACAUUAUCCAAGCAUUUGUUACCUUCCACCAGAUUCUGGUUUGUGCGAUAAUGAAGAACCAAAUGAAAGUUCUGAUGAAAUCUACAGCAGCAGCAGCGCCAGUAAAUCAAGACUUCUUACCUCUUACUAUUUUGAUACUACAACUGAACAAUGCUACCCAUUCGGUGUCCAAAAUUGCGGAGGUAAUGAAAAUCGAUUCGAAACCUUAAGCGACUGUCAAACAUUUUGUAGGACGGAAAAGUGA